ACUCCAACUCCAAGCGGCAACGGCAACGGCAACCUCGACAAGGAAGUUUCUUCCGACUACCUAUGAAAGUGAAAAUCAACAGCUGCAGUGUAGAUGAGUUGGACAGCGUGGAUCCUGGCCUCCUAUGGAAAAUUGCCGAGUUAGAGAAGAAGAGGAAAACAAGAAAUCCAAGGAAGAAUAAUUUGCUUGUGGAGGUUCCUGAGUCCAAAAAGUUCCUUGAUAUUGCAACCAUGCCAAUGAUACUCACUUAUGAUGACUCCACAGAACAGGAAAGUAUUGAGCGAACGAUAAAGGAGACCCCUGGCCUAGGCAGGGUAAGGAUGCUCACUCGUGAAGAGUGGGAUGCAAUUCAAGAAGUGAGACCAAGGACACCAUUUGAAUCUAAGAUAGCACGCCCCAAUGCAAAAAUACAAACCGGAGAGCCACUUCAUAGACGACGUCAGGAGUUGACCGUCGGAUUCCUUGCUGGUCGUGGCAGAGAGGCAGCGACUGAUUGUCGGAGUUGCUGCGAUAGCGAGAUGGGGGUGAUGACGAGGCGCUCAUAUUUGCAGAGAGGAGGAAGACGAUGGUGG